GAACGUUUGUCGAGCUUGCACGUUGAAUUUGGAAAACGACGUAUCGGUAUCGCUUUUCAGUCCUCUUGAUGAUACAAUUUUAAUGGCUGAAGUACUUAGUAAUUGUGCACAAGUACAGAUAAGCGAUGAAGUAGCGCUUUCUACCAUGCUGUGCCGUGAAUGCGCGAAAACUUUAGAAGGGAUCUACAAUUUCGCAAAGAAGGUGCAAGAGUCAGAUCGGAAAUUAAGAACGAGAUUGGAUCAGGAGAUUUCGCUCUCGAAGGAAAGUAAAUCGUUUGGAGCUUAUAUCGAAGAGGAAGUCAUCAACGACAAUCAUGUAACUACUGGCGAAUUCGAAGACGAAGCAAUUGUAGAAGAAGUUUAUUUUUUUAACGCGCCACAAACAAUACCCAUUUCAAAACCCUCAAUGACAUGCGUUGUUGACUCGUACGGGGAGGAUAGGAAAGACUCUGAAGAAUGGUCUGAAAAAGAUGCGAGCCUGAUACAACAAUUAGAAGUUAUGGAGAAGUUUGUUUGCUGUGGUUGUUUAAAAAUGUUUAAAACUAAAUCCGAGCAACGAUCUCACAGUGCACAGAACCACGCAAGAACGAAAAAUGAUACUAAAAUACACAUUUGUGGCAUUUGUUUCAAGCGGUAUUUAACGCAGAAGGCUUUGGAAAAGCAUGUUAAAAUAAUGUCGCAAGUAAAGUACAUUUAUGAAUGCUUACAAUGCCACAAAAGAUACACCGAAAUCAGCAAAGCGAAACAACACUCUUUAGAACGUCAUCUAAAGGAUAGUCAGAAGCAUGUCUGGCACGAAACUGAAUACGACAGCGAACCAAAGAUCUGCUGUGCUCAAGCCUGUGGAAUGUCGUUCGAAAAUGAAGAGCUACUCCUGUCUCACUCCCAUGCUGUGCAUCGUAUAAAUAAAAUUGAAUUCUCAUUUGCAGACAAGCUGAAGAAACCGAUCGAAUGCCACGUUUGCUUCAAACGGUUCGAGACGGAACUUUCCCUUAGGCGACACCAGCAACGAAGCUACAAACCACUCUUCCACCAGUGUGCGCUUUGUGGCCUAAAAUUUCGUGGUGGUGAAGCGCUAGCAAUACACGAGCGCUCGCAUCGUAACGAAAAGCCGUACAGUUGCGAAACGUGCCAAAAAACGUUUGCCAGCAAAACGGUACUAAAAACCCAUCAGCUAACACACUCCGAAGAAAGACCGUUCACUUGUGAAACUUGUGGACAUGCUUUUCGCCGGAAAUCCAAUCUGCAGGUGCAUGUCCUUUCGCACACGGAUGAACACCCAUUUCUAUGUGACCUUUGUCCGGCAAAGUUUAAGGCAAAGACACACCUGAACUACCAUAUGCGGACGCAUACGGGUUUAAAACCGUACCGGUGUCGGCAUUGUGAGAAAUCCUUUGCCGACCACACGAACCGAGAACGCCAUGAGAUGAGCCAUACAGGAAUAAAGCCGUAUAAAUGUGGACACUGCGGUAAAUCGUUUACUCAAAAACGGAUUCUAAUCAGACACGAAACUACACAUUCUGCAGGACGUUCUUUGAAAAAGAAGGCAGCCUUAAAGGCGCGUAUCGAAACUAAUUCUACGAACAAUCAUGAUGCUAAUUGUGAAUAAAAAACAGAUCGUAGAAUGGAGUUUUAACUCAAAAACACCACGUUGCAUGCCGUUCAAACGGACUAUUUUUGAAUCUUGGAUGACAACAAAUAACUGUCACAUGGGUUGUUUACUAACAUUCCAGAUCAGUU